AUGAAUGCUGAUACUUGUGUUUCUUAUUGUGAUCCGGCUGCCAUGGAUUCGUACUACAACGCAGCCUCCCAGGGCACAGAAGGCUCCUCGCCUUUUAGGGCAUUUCAAGCAAGUGACAAGUUCAGCCCUACUUUCCUGGCCAGCAAAGGACAAGGCUUUGGUGACAGCAGCACUAAGUGCCGGAGCCGCUACAGCCAGCAGGAAUGUCAGUCCCUGGAUGGCAGCGUGCAGGCUCCCGGCUCCGCCGGAACUCCGGCCUCCUUUAACAAAUACCCUCCGCAGCAGCAGCCGCCGCACCUCUACAUGCAGCGAGGCCCCUGCAAAACCCCCCCGGAGAGCAACCUCAAGCUGCAAGAGAGCAGCGGCCACAACGGAGCUCUGCAGGUCUCCUGUUACGGCAAGGAGAGCAGUUUGGCAGAGGCUGACUUGCAGCCAAGCUCCGACCCUUCGGGAAUGGACAGCAGCUACCUCAGCGUGAAGGAGGGUGGGGUGAAAGUGCCCCAGGACAGGGCCAGCACGGACCUCCCCAGCCCCAUGGACAAGGCCGACUCAGAGAGCAACAAGGGCAAAAAGCGGAGGAACCGCACCACCUUCACUAGCUACCAGCUGGAGGAGCUGGAGAAGGUUUUCCAGAAGACCCACUACCCAGAUGUCUAUGCCAGGGAGCAGCUAGCCAUGAGGACAGACCUCACCGAGGCUCGUGUACAGGUGUGGUUUCAGAACCGGCGAGCGAAAUGGCGCAAGCGAGAGAGGUUUGGUCAGAUGCAGCAGGUCCGGACCCACUUCUCCACCGCAUACGAGCUGCCCCUGCUCACCCGUGCUGAGAAUUAUGCCCAGAUCCAGAACCCCUCCUGGAUUGGCAACAAUGGAGCUGCCUCCCCUGUGCCCGCCUGCGUUGUCCCCUGUGAGACGGUGCCCUCCUGCAUGUCCCCCCAUGCUCAUCCCCACGCAGCUGGCGGCGUCUCCGAGUUCCUCGGUGUCUCUGGCCCUGGCAGCCACGUGGGACAGACUCACAUGGGCAGCCUCUUUGGCACGGCUGGGAUGAGCCCCGGCCUCAACGGCUAUGAGCUGAACAGCGAGCCGGACCGCAAGACCUCCAGCAUCGCUGCCCUGAGGAUGAAAGCGAAGGAGCACAGCGCCGCUAUCUCCUGGGCGACAUGACAGGGUUGCAGCCCAGCACCCAUGAGACAUGGAGAGAGCACAUGGGGACAGCCAAAUAAAUCCAUCCGCUUGGACUCCAGACAGCAGUUGCCUCCUCGGGGAUGUGAAUACAGCACUUUUAGCUACCCUAGGCAUAUAAAGUACAUAUGUUAACGUAAGUGGAGUGUUUCCAGCAUGAACACAGCAGCUCCCGGCUUCCCAGGAUCAGGCUUCCAGGGGAGAGGGAGGCUGUAGAGCAGCACCUCUUCCAGUGAGAUCUGGGUUGGGAUGUGUCCUCUCUCACCAACACCUCCCCAAUAACCUGGGCAUUUUUUCUCCCCGCUCCUUCUUCUGACACCAGAUCUGCCUUUCCAAAGAGCAAGAGCCCACUGGCAUUUCAGCAGCUUCUCCGCCCCCGCCCCCCAUCUUGCCCUCCUAAUUUGUCAACAGUGUUGCUCAGAUCUCUUCUGCCCUGGGCCCUGGAUGGGGGCUCUGGCACCAGCAAAGAGACACCUCUCAGGGUGCUCCUGUCUGUUUAGCAGGAGCCACGACUUCCCACAGCUGAGUGGGGAACAGGGAUAGGAAGAUACCCGAAAGUAGAAAGAAGGCAACGGUAGCCCACCUCCUUCUAACCUGUUUCCUCUCCAUCUUGCAGUCUGAGAUGAAGCACAGAGCCGUAGAGGCCUGUGAAGGGGAUGUUUCUCUUCCCAGCACGGCACGGUGCUACCACGCUGAGAGUCUUUGCCAGCCGUCUGGCGACCCAGCUGGAGAUGCACCCCAGCAGACGAUAGCUUCCCAGCAUGGAUGGCUGCCCCAGGGAGUGCCCGGGGUUUGCUUUGCCAUGGUUGUGGUCAAUGUUGAGGCUCUUGUGCAUGGUGAGGCAGCAAAAUGUUUCCUCUGGCAUUCACUGAGUUGGGAAUUACCAUCCUCAAUUUAGAGACAGCAGCUAUGGGAGGGGAGUACAGUCGCUGUGUAAAUCCACAGGUGCCCAAAGAGACUGCUUUGAGAAACAGCUCAAUUGCUAUCACACAGCCACAGUUGCAUGAGGCCAUGGAAUUCCUCAUACACCUUGUGCUGGGGUCAGAAGCAUGCAACGACAGCCCCUCCCUGCAGCCCUCCACCCCAGGGCCCUGCUGCACACAGCUGCUGUGGGUGUCUCCACGUCAGGGACAGCACAGGGAGCAGGCUGGGAAGGGACUCAAGGCUGAGCAAGGCAGUGCUGCCCCAUCUCCAGCCACCUCGGAUCCUCUUCACCUUGCAGAGGAAGCAGGAGACACCAGAACUUGCCUGUUUUUUUCUGAGCCAAUAUGCAUCCCCACUUUUCCCUCCCAGCCCUCUUACCUGCACAGUGCUAACUGUUAAGUAAGAUCUCCUUUGCAAGGCUAAAUCUUCUACAAGCUUUUCAAUGAUCUCGUAGUGCUAGGAAUAAUUUUGGAACAUCCUUUUACCCCACUGAAUUAUCACCAAGGAGAAGCUGAAGGUCAGCACAGCACUAUGACCCACACAGCAUGGCUAUGCAGACUGAGCUUGAGCUGGGGCAGCCGUCUCUGAGAUUCUCAAGGGAGCUACAGGAUUUUGCUCCCAUAAAAAGUUGUGUGUCACCCUGCCCUCCCUCCUCAUGUUCAGUGUUAGGGACUCUAGUAGUUCUACAUCCAGGAAUAUUUAGUGGUCUUGGAAAAGGCUCCAAAUAAGCUACAGCCAAAUAUCAGGUUUCAGGUUAACAAGAUAUGCAAGUAUUUCUAUAACGCCUGCACUG